AAAAUACACUUCAGUUUAAAAGCCUAAUUAAGCUACAGACUUCUGGGAUUCGCCUGUUUAAAUGUGAACACACACCAGGAGGAUCGACGUGAUUACGGUCUCACGAUUAAAGCUGCUGAUCAAUUUGUCACGUAUCGCACGUAGCAGGCUGGAAAUGACAGGAAGUAAAUAUCAGGAAGCAAAACUUCGCAUCAGAACUGCCUCCACCCAGCGUGUCCUGUUAAUAAGGAGGUGAAGCUCUGCUCUUACAUACAAACAUACAAACAUACAUACAGAGUGUGGUGUAUUUUGUAGAGGUCGCUAUGAAGCUGGUGGUCUUCCUGCUGCUCCUCCUCCAGGUGUCCGGAUCUGCAGACAGCAGCUGUUUCUGUCAGGUCACAGGUGACCUCGAUGACUGUACUUGUGAUGUGGAAACCAUCGAUAGCUUUAACAAUGAGCAUCUUUUCCCCAAACUUCAAACUCUUCUGGAGUCUGACUAUUUCAGGUUCUACAAGGUGAACCUGAAUAAGCCGUGUCCGUUCUGGGAGGCCAGCAGUCACUGCGGUCUGAAGGACUGUGCUGUGAAGCCCUGCUCUCCUAACGAGGUGCCGGAGGGGAUCCGAUCGCCCUCGCACAACAAGUAUUCAGCAGAAGCAAACAAACAGCUAGGUGACUGUGAGCAGGCGGAGCAUCUCGGCGCUGUAGAUGUCUCUUUAAGUGACGAGACCAGAGAGGCUCUGCUCAACUGGAGCAAACACGAUGACGAGGCAGAGCGCUUCUGUGUGGUUGACGACGAGCAGUCACCAGACUCCCAGUAUGUCGACCUGCUGCUGAACCCAGAGCGCUUCACGGGCUACAAAGGACCAGAGGCCUGGCAGAUCUGGAACAGCAUCUAUGAGGAGAACUGCUUCAAACCAUAUACUAUCAAGCGACCAAUAAUUCCCGACGCGUUCCACAUCGGCUCAGGAAGUGAAGCAAAGACGUUCUACAGCUGGCUGGAAGGCCAGUGUGUAGAGAAGAGAGCUUUCUACCGGCUCAUCUCCGGCCUCCAUUCCAGCAUCAACAUACACCUGAGCGCCAGAUACCUCUUGGAUGACAGCCUGUUUCAGAGCAAGUGGGGUCACAACGUGUCGGAGUUCAGACAGCGUUUUGACUCGGAGCUGACGGCCGGAGAGGGCCCCAAGAGGCUCCGCAACCUCUACUUCCUGUACCUGAUAGAGCUGCGAGCGCUGGCCAAAGCUCUGCCGUUCUUCCAGCAGCCUUCUUUCCAUCUGUACACCGGCCGACCUGAGGAGGACCAGAAACACAAAGAGCUGCUGCUGCACAUCCUGCAGCUGGCCAGAUCUUUCCCUCUGCACUUUGAUGAGACGUCACUGUUUGCUGGGGAUGAAAUCGAAGCGGCCAAACUGAAGGAGGACAUCCGACUGGCCUUCCUCAACAUCUCCAGGAUCAUGGACUGUGUCGGCUGCUUUAAAUGCCGCCUGUGGGGGAAACUGCAGACUCAGGGAUUAGGAACGUCAUUAAAGAUUUUGUUUUCAGAGCGACAGAUUGAAGCUCUUCCCACGUCCAGCCACCAGCGACCCGGUUUCCAGCUCAGCCGACAGGAGGUCGUCUCUCUGCUCAAUGCCUUUGGAAGAAUUUCCACAAGCAUCAGAGAGCUGAAGAACUUCAGAUCGCUGCUUGCAGAGGAGCAGUGACGAUGUCCAGACAAGUCCGGCUUCACCCGUCGCCUCUUCUGCCUUAGUCCUGCUGAAAUAUCAAGUCAGGGAUUACCAUCAAAGUUUAACAUGAAGAAAGAUCAGGGCCCUGGUCUUCAAAUGUGGCUUAACCAAUUCAGGCUAACAUUCUGUUAUGGGGCUGAAAUAAUCCUGUUUUUUAUGCUCAUCCAGCUAAUGUGGUUCCUGGAUGAAGUUAUCUUGAAUAACAGUGCACUUUAUAUUUUGAAAUAAAGGUAAAAUAGUUGAAACUGUGAUCAGCAUUCAUAUUAUUGGCUUAGUUCUGAUCACGUGAUAGCAGUUACAUGAGGUGGGAAACCCUCCCAGCAUGCACUGGGGCAAUAGAUUAAUGGACGCAAGUCUUUUUACGUGUAUUUGCAUUUUAUGUGUUUUUGCAUAAUUUAUUUCCUAAAUUGUGCUCCAAAAUGUUUCCACUCUGUAAAACAUUAGAUGUUAUCAGUGAAUUUGGUCAGAAAUUAGUUAAUUUUUAUCUUUUUGCUCAAAGUGCCUCAAAGUCUUUGGUUUGUUUUUGUUGUUUUUUAAACUUAUUUAUUUUAAAUUAGUUUUUUUCAUGUAUAAGUAGACUUUAGGUAACUCUUCAUUAUGAAAAUUAAAUUGUGGUAAUUGCAUCAAAAGAUCACAGUGGUUUCCCAAUAGCCUGCAUGUUCUCAUUUAAAAUCAACACUCUUUCAUUAUAAAUCUAAGAAAGCAACCAUUUUGUUUUUGGAAAUGACUUAAUGUUGUUUGGGGUUAUGACAAUGGUUCGAGUUUAUUUGUAGACACGCUUCGAAGAACAACAUCAACAAAAAAAAUCCAGACUCGUGUCAAAUCGUCAACUUUCUAAUCGUAUGAAGAACGAGGCCCUGCUUUCAGUAGCUGAGUGGAGACUCCUGAGUUCAUUUUUCUGUAAAGAAUCGAGUCCUUUUUCUUGCAUUAAAAUGAAAUUUGAAGUUUUGACAAGUCCCACUUUUGGUAAUAUUUCAACCUUCUUCCAGGUGCCUGACAUUGCUAUUGUGUUUAAAGAACUGUGAGUGAGUGAAACUGUAAUAAUGUAAUAUUAGGAGAGACUGAAGAGUGUAAAUUGCUCUAAUGGUAAUAUUUUUAAAAUUGAAAUGACUAUUCUGCUUCUUUAUAUGAAAAUGUGCUUUGACUAAUUAAAUAAUUGCAGAUAAUGUUCAUGCAUGAACUGAACAAAUUACAGCACAGUGGCCGAUUUCACUGUGUUGUUGUGAUUACACUGGUGUCCUGAGGGCGGCGCUGCUUGUAAAAUAAUGUUCACUGAUAAACGAAAAAUAUAAUUUGCUUUGGAAAGUCUUCAUUGAAUGCAAAGAACAUGUGCAAUGUGAUACGUUGAAGAACUGUAUGGGAAUUAAAUGAAUAUAUUUUUAUUUGAUGAUUUUCUUUAUAAAUAUCAUAUGUUUUCAUAA